GUGACGCACGCUGCGCGGGGCCGCGGCCUGCAGGAGGAAUUCAUCCGCACAAGAAUCUCACUCAACUGGACCGGCCGCCCGCUAGCGUCCUAUAUAACUACAGGAAAGACGCCUUUUAGCAGGUAAACCAGCACGGAGCUAACUGCUCGCCGAAUGGGACUUUAUUUUGUUCACCUAUUUUAACUUUUUCGCCAGAAGAAGAGAUGUCUCGUAAAGAAAGUAUUUUACCCGACGAAGCAAUUUUUUCUCAAUUCAGAAAACAUUGUUCAUCAACAGAUAACUGGAGCAACAAGUAUGAUAAGAACGGAAUGAAAGUUUGGGUCGAAGUCCCCUCUACAACGCAAACACAAGGACAGAAAAAUGGUUCUAAAAUCCACAUGAUUAAGUGUACGAUGACGAUACAGGAUGUGUCCGCCGCCACCAUGUACGACGUCAUUCACGAUGGCCCCUACCGCAGCACUUGGGACUCAACGAUGAUUGAGAGCUAUGACAUCGCCCGUCUCUCCGCCAAUGCUGACUUUGGUUAUUACGCAUGGGCCUGUCCAUCUCCGCUGAAGAACAGAGAUGUGGUCACACUGCGAUCAUGGCAGGUCACGGACGAGGACUAUCUCAUCGUCAACUUCUCUGUCAAACACCCAAAAUACCCACCUCGCAAUGGCCUUGUGCGGGCCAUCUCCAUACUGACUGGUUACUUGAUCAAGCCCACGGGGCCGAAUAGCUGCUCCUUCACAUACCUUUCACAGGCCGACCCCAAAGGUUCACUUCCGAAAUGGGUCGUCAACAAAGCAUCUCAGAUCUUGGCUCCUAAGGUAAUGAAAAGUGUGCACAAGGCGGGCCAGGACUACCCCAAGUGGAAGGCUGAAAACGUUCCUGAUGAGAAGCCCUGGUUGUUCCCAGUGCAGAACAACCUGCCCAUGAUGGACCCUCUGGAGCUGUCGCUCCAAAGGGCAGACUCCCUGGAGAACGUGGACGAGAGCUCCACGGUGGAAAUUGGAGAGAACGGGGAGAACGGGGACAGCAGCUAAACACUCUUUUAAGAGGCCAUGGGGAUACUCAAAUUAACAGACUCUCAAACUUUUUAAGACACUUUGGUGGAGACUUGUGUCCUCCACCUCUCGUUUAUGUUUUAAACCUCGCCCCAAAACACCGUAGCGAUGCACUUUUACCAGAUUAGCCAGUGGAAUGAAGUACUCACGGGCUAUCCAAUCAGAUGUCGGGAGGAACUUGGAACAACCAGCCUGACAGAUCAAACCAAACAAGAUUCUCUGGUGUUUGAACCCAUUAACCUAUCUUAACCUUCUUUUAAGUUGGAGAAAGGGCCACAUCGACGUUGUUUAGAAGUAAUGCGCAUAUGAAGGUUAAUCCCAGAGGAAUGUGCUUUAAUUGCAACUGUGCGAUGGAUGUGGAGUCACUGUUUUGGGAAAAAAGGUUAAAUUAAGUUUGUAAUGUCCUUUAAAUAAUAAUUCCAUUUAUAGCUACCCAAGAAACGUCACUGUUUAACUAUGAUUGGUAGUUAUAAGCAUAUGCUUAAGCUUCCUAUCGAUCUCAGUUUGAGGAAAAAACAUAGUGUGUUUGUGUAUAGACAUUUUUUUAUUAUUAUUUUUACAGCUUUACAGUGCUGUAUUUCCAACCUCAUGAACGCCAAGUCUGAAGGCUUUGAAGUGAACAUUUUAUUGACCGUUGAUGCGUUGUUACCCAUUACUAUGCAAGUUAACUAUAAUUGUCUAAAUAGACACUGAAGGUACAGUCUAACCUGUAUUAUUUGGGUGUGUCGGGAUAGUUUCUUUUACCUCAUCUGUAUCUAAACGAUCUGAAUUCCUGCAUUUUGAGUAUGACACCUUGUGACUACAUGAAUGAUUUUUUAAUUCUUAAAAAAAAAAAGGUGUUUAAGCUGUUAUGAUGGAGCAGAAAAAGUAAGUCCCACAAGCUCUGGAACUUAGCCCUGCCCAGAUAUGAAACAUCCUGUAAAAAAAAAUAAACCUAGGUUUACAGGUU